ACAUCCUAGAGUCACACCUCCCAGGAGAGCGCUUUUAAACGCUGCGAUCUGUAUCUGUAAAUAAACUGCGCACUAGUUUUCUCGCAGCUCAUUUGAAGCCAUAGAGCACAGGAAAUCAACCACGAAUUUAAGAAUAUUAGUGACUAAAAAUGAGAGGCAUCUGGAUUAUCACAUUGCUAUAUUUUGUCUUAUUUUGCUUCAUGACAUCUGUCCAAAGAGGAUCAUCUGAGAAGUACCGGGCUCGUUUCCAAGAUUCACCCAAUAAAGCAGACGCCAAUGUAUACCUGGAGAGAAUUAAACGUCAAACAAAACCACAGAAGGCAGAACUGAAGGUGACAGAUUUCCACAUUCGCUCCAUGGUGGUGUCUCGCUAUGCCCAGACCACAGUGGAGAGUUCAGUAUGGAACCAGCUGGCAGUUAACAAAGAAGCUGCCUUUGAGGUGGAUCUUCCCAGCACAGCUUUCAUUUCCAACUUCUCCAUCACUUCUAAUGGCAAGGUGUAUGUGGCCGAGGUAAAGGAGAGAAGCCAAGCCAAGAAGAUUUAUGAUGAAGCAAAGAAGAGAGGAAAAACUGCUGGGCUAGUAGCCACCAAAGAGAGGGAGACGGAGAAAUUCCGUGUGGCGGUAAGCGUGCCCGCCGGCUCCCAGAUGACCUUCACCCUGACCUACGAGGAGCUACUUCAGCGUCGCCUGGGCCGGUACGAGCUGGCUCUCAGCGUGCGGCCCGAGCAGCCGGUCAGUAACCUGACCGUGGGGGUCACCAUCUCUGAGAGGACCGGCAUCAGCUUCGUGCGGGUGCUGCCCCUGCGAAAAACCAAGCUGCUGUCCAACACGGUGCAGGCUGAUGCAGAAAUGCCUCCGUCCACUGAAGUCCUGCGCUCCCCCAGCUGUGCCCGAAUCAGCUUCACCCCAACAAUCAAGGAGCAAACUGUCAUGUCCACUAAGGGCAUCUCGGCCGACUUUGUGGUGCAAUAUGACGUGGAGCUCAAGGACCUUAUUGGAGAUGUUCAGAUCUACGAUGGUUAUUUUGUACACUAUUUUGCUCCCAGAGGACUUCCAGUUGUACCCAAGGAUGUUAUCUUUGUGAUUGACACUAGUGGCUCCAUGCUUGGUACUAAAAUUAAACAGACUAAGGAAGCAAUGAAAAUCAUACUCAGUGACCUACGAGAAAAUGACUACUUCAACAUCAUUACCUUCUCCCAUUCAGUGAACACCUGGAAAACAGAAACCACCAUCAAAGCCACACCAAAGAAUGUGAAGGAGGCCCAAGCAUUUGUGAAGAAAAUUUCUGCAUCAGGAUCAACAGACAUCAACUCAGCUUUGCUCAAUGCAGCCAAGCUGGUCAACACCAAGAACCCCAGGAAAGGCUCAGGCAACCAUGUGCCUCUGAUUAUCUUCCUCACAGAUGGGGAGCCUACCACAGGUGUGACUUCUGGGGAAAGGAUUGUCAAUAAUGCCAAAGAGGCACUGGGGACAGCCUCGCUCUUCGGAUUGGCAUUUGGAAAUGAUGCAGAUUACCCACUGAUGCGCCGUUUAUCCAUGGAGAAUCGAGGGGUGGCACGGAUGAUCUAUGAAGAUGCGGAUGCCACCUUGCAGCUGAAGGGCUUUUAUGAUGAGGUAGCUAGCCCGCUGCUCUUUGACAUCCAGUUAAACUACUUGGAUAACCAUGUCUACGAUGUCACACGGGCUCUCUUCCCAAACUUCUUCCAAGGAUCUGAGCUGGUGGUUGCCGGCCGGAUCAAGCCUGGAGUCAAGGACCUCAAAGUCAAGGUGAAUGCUAUGGAUUCUGAGAAGCAGCUGACUGUGGAGAAUGAUGUGACUGUCCCUAGUUCAGGCAAUGCUACCUUUGGGUGCCCAGGGGAUCUACAAGGCAUCUCAGGUUUUGUUCGCAGGUUGUGGGCGUACUUCACCAUCAAGGACCUCCUCCAAGCCAAGCUGAACAACACAGAUCCGGCAACACAACGUAUCCUGACUGAAAAAGCUACAAACCUGUCACUGAAGUACAACUUUGUCUCUCCCGUCACAUCCCUGGUUGUGGUCAAGCCUGAUACUGAAGAAGCAAGCUUGAAUGCCACUUCUACCACCACAGCUACAACAACUACAACUACAACAACAACUACAGCAACAACAGCUACAACAACAACAACCACAAUGCCCACUCAUACCACAAGUACGGUAACACAUACUCCAUUUCUUUUUUCCAAAUUGGCUCUCCACUCCACCAGAAAAUCAGAUACCACAACUACUUCCAGCUCUAAGACAAGCAAGCCCAGGCCUGAAAGUGUUCCUAGUACCAAGUUCCCUGGCCACCCCAGUGGUCUCCAAACUACAGGUCGAGUCCUACCCACCUCCACCUCCUUCCCUGCCAAAACAGUCGCCUCCCCUGAAUCCCAAAGUAGAACUGCUACCUCCGAGCAUCGCCCCACCACUGCCAGUGCUGCCCCUGGAGGUCUGUCCACUAACCGGACAGAUGCUUUUUGGGUGACGGCCCCAGCUCCACCCCCAGGCACCACUGCCAUGCCCCACAUCACUGAGAUGGGCACCGAUAUAGAGAUAGCGAGAUUCAUCAGUGCCACAUUCAUGCCCAUGGUAGGGUUCACAGAGGAGAAGCUAUAUGCUGGGGAGGCAAUUCAGGAUGUUUCCUCUGUCGUUCAAGUUCAGAUAAAGGAUACUGACCAACAUGAAGAUUUUUAUUACUAUGGUGAAUACAAUGACAUCGUCUACCCCGAUAAUUAUUAUUAUGACUUGGAUUCUACUCCUUCUAAUGUUGGGUCUGCAAGUUCCAGGCUUAUUUUCGCAGGUUCAGCUGAUGGAGACCCCCACUUUGUGGUUCAUCUGCCCAAACUUUCAGAAAACAUUUGCUUCACCAUUGAUGGGCUGCCCAAUGAUGUACUGCGACUGGUAGAUGACCCAGAGAAAGGCUUAACUGUGGACGGCCAUUUAAUGUGGGCCCCUUCAAAAGUAGGCUUUGAAGAUAAAACCAGGACUUACUUCAGUCAGCUGAGCUUCUCUGUGAAGAUGGGAAGCGCAGAGCCCUGGAACAUCACAGUGUCCCUGGGCUCCAUUGUCUUGGAGGGGGAGGAGCAGGUUACAAUGUUUACCGACAGAACAGGCACUGUCAAGGUGCGGGACUUGAAGAUCACUAUAGAUAGCAACCAGACCGCCUGGGUGACAGUUGGACAAGACAUUGGAUUCAUGGUUCUCUUCCACCACUACAAACACCCUACCUAUCUACAGCUCAGCCAUCUUGGUCUCUACAUUGCCAAUGGACAAGGCCUAUCUCCAAGUACACAUGGUUUACUAGGCCAGUUCCAGCACGCAGAUAUUGAGAUACUACGAACCACAGAUACUGCAAGACAUGCCGAGGUCAACACCGAGGGCAAGCAGGCCAUGGGAGAGCUGAGACGCAAUGGGGAGAGAAUUCCCAUUGUUCUCGUGGACAAGAAACUGAAAGAUUCAGUGAAGAAAAAACACGCUGGACGGUGCUGGGUAAUUGCAAAACCUGAUGUGGAGAAGUUGAUAGGUGGAACAUAUCAGAGUUUCGUGGUAGACCACCUGUAGAUUCUCACCCUCCAUGUAUACCUUACUUAUAUAUAUAUACCACAAAACUCUGUAUAUGAAAACUUUUGCAAGAAAGAAAUAUCACAAUCACUUACUGCUACCCACCAUUGUAUGCCUGGAAUUCAAAUGACUAUCAAAGACGUUUUUAUGACAAAAUGUUUGAACUAGGAGAGAAAAAGACUUAUACCCCUUUGAAACCAUCUCUGUCAUAUCUGCUUAACAUAAGACUAUAGUGUAGUAAAGAGAAUUCAAAUAGGAGAGUUCAAUGCUUCAUUACCACGUGAUGAGUAUGAUGUAUAUCCAAUAUUGAAAUUUGUCUAUUUUUUCUUCCCGACAAGCAGCACGUUCAUAUUGAACAUGAGAAAAACACUAGCAAGUGCAGGUCUAAAGUACUGUGAGGAAAAGAGGUGGACUCUUGACCUGUAAAUUAUGAAGAACUUGAAGUUUUUUUUUUAACUUAGGGAGCUUGGGUCAAAUCCAGAGAAAUAAGAGAGCAAAAUACUGCUAUUCCUGCCUGCACAUCUAGCGCCCACUGAUGGAAACCUGAAACUGAACACAGAAUGGGAUGUUUUUGACUUAGUUUCAUGUCCAUAUCAGCUGAGCUCAUUUUCAAGAUAUCCUUAUGCAUGCAGCUCAUUCUAGUUUUUACUUAAGGAUGUCUGUCUGAUGCCAAACAAGACUAUAGCAACUAUAGGGGUCAUGUAGAGUAUUUCUUUAGAAAAUGUCACAAUAUAGGAAAUGAAUGAUGACCUUUCAACUGUUAAAAGUGAAAAGGUUGUCAGGAUACAAAAACUGAAGGACAAAUUGCUAUCACAUAAUCUAAAUAGCAAGGCGGAUUUGUAGACACACUGAGCUGCAUUUCAAAGAUCUUUUGUACUCUUUGACAUGAGCAUCAACAGGAGCCAGGCUUUGCUGGUUGUGCAGGCAUUAAUAACAUUGUGAAAGGAUCUGUAAUGGUGUAUGAGAGGUAAGGUGUAUCACGAAUUUGAGGUGGAAUUUAGGCCAGGUGACAAUGCAGUUUUUUUAACAAAGAGAGGUUACAGCAGCACUGUAAAAAACAGAAACACUUUAGUUUUUUACACAAAUAUAUACUUUGUAUAGUGAAAUGAAUAUUGUCAGCACUUAAACUGUAAAAUGUAACCAUACCAUACCUUUGUUACUUUUUUUAAAAAUCAAGCUUAAUAAACUACUGUGUGGUUUGCUCUGAAACAAAUCAAAAGAUACCCACA